AUGGCCGAAACCAAACUCAAAGACCUUAGCUCCCUAAGGCCCUCCCUCAAAAAACUAAUCAACGCCCCCUUCGCCUCCCCAGCCACAACCCCGGCCCCCCCCCAAAUAAGAAACAUCUACCAGCGCCUCUCCCGCGAAGCCAAAUCGCGCAAAUACGGCGAACGUCCCUGGAUAACCAUAGCUGUUCGUUUCCCUCCCCUCCCGUUUCCCUUCUUUUCACUAACCCUUCCUCCCUGUCCGCAGGCAGCAACAACCUUCACGCUCAACUCCCCCUCCUCCCUCUCCCACCUCCACUCCACCUCCUCCUCCCUAACCCCCCACCCAACCCUCCCCUCCCUCACCCCCCCCCUCACCCCCCUCCUCCUCGCCGAACUGAUCCGCGAAGUCGGCCUCAAAUGCAUCUCCUUCAAUGGAAUCCCCCGCACAAUCAACUGCCUCAACGCCUUUCGCUCAGACCUGGAGGUAAACCCCUGGUCCAGCUCCCUUUCCUCGGUCCCAUCACGAACCGUCACUACCUCAAACAUCAACAAUACGAUAAGCAGGGGAAACGCGCUCUGGAAGUCAAUCUACACACCCCAUCACGGGAAACUAACCCAAAAGCUUGCACUGGCACAUCCCGAUCUGCCGGGGUAUAUCCUCCAGGGUCACUACGCCAUGUUACUCGCCGAUCCACCGAGGCAUGUGGAGGGCGGGGUGCCGAGACAGGCGAGGUUGGGGCGGUGCCUGACCAGUCUUGUGGCGAUUGCGUGUUUGAGAGCGCAGAGGGGGGUUGGGCCGCAGGUGUUGAGCCAUGUUUACGGGUUGAGGAAGGCUGUGGAGCAGGGGUUGCACAGGGAGGAGUUUGAGGACGAGGAGGAGAGGGAGGGGAUGGAACGGUUGGCGGGGGAUGAGGGGUGUGAGUGGAUUUUGGAGAGCGUUGACAAAAUCGCGAGGGCGAUCGGGGGUGGGGGGUUUGCCGGUUGGGAGCGGGAGGUUGACCAGGACCAGGACCAGGAGGACGGGGUGGAGGAUGAUACGAGGCUGGAUGGGGAGGUGAGCGAGGUUGGGAAUGUGGCGGAGGAGAUGGAGGAGGAGCUGCAGGGCGGGACGGGGAGCGGGAGCGGGAGCGGGAGCGGGAGGGGGAGGGAGUCCAAGUUGUGA